UUUCUUCAUUCAACAACAACAAAAAAAAAAAAACUUUAUUAUCAACUAAUUAUAUUCAAAACCAUAUCAUGACGAAUCCGUUCAUGAUGAAGAGAGCAAGAGAAGAUUUUGAUCACCACGUAACCACCGUGGCGAACGGUUUGAUGUUACUCUCCGCCGCCGCCUCCGACGGCGGCGGAAACAGUUACCUGACGAUGAGCAGCGGCGAUCUCUGCAGCCGCGUUUUCGAGUGCAAGACGUGUAACCGGCAGUUCUCGUCGUUCCAGGCGCUGGGCGGGCACCGGGCCAGCCACAAGCGGCCGAGGAUGAUGACGGCGGCGGCGGCGGCAGGGGAGCCGGUGGCCCUGUUGCCGCCGAGCUCGCCGCCCAAACCUAAGACGCACGAGUGCUCCAUAUGCGGCCUGGAGUUCGCCAUUGGACAAGCACUGGGAGGACACAUGAGAAGGCACAGAGCGGCUGGGAAUGAUGUUUCCCUAAACGGCGGCGAUUCUCUUGCUCUUUCUCCUCCCGGCGGCGUUCCUGUGGUCAAGAAGCCGUCCAGUGGCCGGAGAGUUUUGUGCGUGGAUUUGAACUUGACGCCAUUGGAAAAUGAUCGCCUGGAGUUCAUCAAGUUUGGGAAGGUGGCUUAAUGGAUGGUUUAAUUGUUUGAUUUCUUGUGUAUGUUACUGAAAACUCAGUAUUAGAUCUAGGUUUAUUAUACGGAGUAUAUAUAUUCGUCCUUCUAUAUAUAGAUCAUACCUUUGCUUUAA